GCAGGCAUCGGGCAGAAGGCAAUCCAUCGCAGGGCAGACAGACACAGACAGACACCUAGGGGGCAAUUUGUAUCCGACAUCCAAUCAGCCUGAACGUGCUGUCUUUGGACUGUGGGAGGAAACCGGAGCACCCGGAGGAAACCCACGCAGACACGGGGAGAACGUGCAAACUCCACACAGAAAGACCCGGUCGCCCCAGCCGGGAAUCGAACCCAGGCCGUCUUGCUGUGAGGCGGAGGUGCUACCCACUGCGCCACCGUGCCGCCCCAACACAGUAAAGGGAAAGUGAAAUCAGUAAAAUCAUACCUGGGGUCAGCUGUUACCUGCAGACAGACAGACAGACAGACAGACGGAUGGUUUCUGCAGAGAUGCUGUGGAUGAUGAUGCUGGUGUUUCUGGGUGGUUCCCCACUCUGGGCUUUUCCUUUAGCUCCGCCCCCGGGCGUGGUUGAAUGUGAGUAUGCUGGUCGGCGGGUGGAGCUGCUGAGGGACCGGGUUCGGGUGGAGGGUCGGGAUGUCCUGGUGCUGAAUCAGGUAAAUCACACCUGGACGAUGUUGGUAACAGAACCGGCUCAGCUGGACCUGCAGCAGAUCCUGCAGGAGUGUACAGACCUGAAGAAGAAGAUGCUCAAUUACAACCAGACUACAACAGGCGUCUCUGUUUUUGGAGUGGUGGCGACGCUUCUGGCAGCUUUAUUGUUCGUUGGUUUUGUUUUACUGAGUUUUAAGUAUCCAGAAUAUGUCGGAGUCGGAGGUGUUUUGGGCUCCAUCAUCCACUAUCCUCCUCAUUCUCAGAAAGAAAAAGAAAAAGGACGGUCUGAAAACGUUCCUCCAGCUAAUGUCUCUCCUUACUGAGGGCUGAAGUGGUGGAGGGUGACUUAUUAAGCUGCACUCCUUUCUUAAAUUAUUUAAUUUUUAGUCAUGACCAUGUGGUUGUGCUUCGCAAUGCAAUGCAUUUUUGCGCAUUUGAGUAACAAGGGUGCAAAAGUUUACAUACUUUUCUUAUGGCACAAUGAUAUAAAACCACUAUUCAGAAAGCAUGAAGAAUUGGCCCCAGUUCUGCACUGAAAAUGCGAAGAAUUGGGGAGAAUGUGGUUUAAAAUGGGUAUUCACAUGUGGCUUGGGCCGAUUUCCAUAUGAAAUUCAGUAACCAGGGUGAGGACAUCUAGCAACAUUAAUGCACUCACCAAGCUACACCAUAGCAACCACCUGAGACAUCAGAGUAAGCUCCUAGCAACACCAUAGCGUGCAUAUAGCAACACAAUAGCACCCAUGUAGCUACACCUCAGCAACCACCUGAUAUAUCAUAUCAUGGUAGCCUCCUAGCAACAUCAAUGCACUCACAUAGCUACACCAUAACAACCACCCUGAGAUAUCAUAGCAUAUCAUAGUAACACCACAACAACCAUGUAGCUACACUAUAGCAACUGUGUUGAUCAAAAUGAUUCCCAUAUUAUACUCAGUAACCAGGGUGUUGGUACAUAUUGUGUUGUACUCGAUCCGGAUGUGAGCUGAGUUUUAAUUUUUGCUAUAUGCAUAGUAACACCCAACCAACCAAAUGGGGUACCACAUCAACCACUUGGCAACACUCUAGCUACCACCUCAGACACCACAGCAACCACUUGUACUGUAUAAUAAUUGUAAAAACUGUAAAUAUACUGUACAAAUACUGUACCUAAGCAUCCACCCCAGUGUAGUUACCGCCUAGAAAACACCGAUGCAGUGUGGAUUAAGAAGCUUGUGAAGGAAAACUAAAGGGGAAUUUUGUUUUUUCCUCGCCAAGUUAUGAAAACAUUGACAUUAAAAAUAUAAAUGUUUGUAGUGAGUUUGUUUGUUUAUUUUGUAUAUUUAUUGUUUGUCCAUUAAAAUAUCCAAAAAAACCCCCACAAAUGUUUAAAAUAUUUUUAUUGGUGUAAUAAUAGAAACACAAGAUGUAUCAAUAUUGUAUCACGUUUAAUAAAAUAUCAAACAUUCA